AUGAUGACUUCAUCCCAUCAGAGCCACACCACCAGCUUCAAACCACGGAGGAUCAAGAAGCCACCACAUCAGAUCAGUCACAUGGGACCCUCUCCGACAGCGCAGCCGGUACUUAAAUGUCCAAGAUGUGAUUCCGUCAACACCAAAUUCUGUUACUACAACAACUACAGCUUAUCUCAGCCACGCCACUACUGCAAAAACUGUCGCCGUUACUGGACACGUGGCGGAUCCCUACGUAACGUCCCCAUCGGUGGCUCAACCAGAAACAAGAACAAGCCAUCCAGCCUCCACGUCGUCUCUCCUCCUCCUCCGAUUGUGGCGCCAUUGUUUUCUCACGAGCUUGCUGAUGGGUUUCGUAUGAACAGAGCAAUGAUAAACCCUCUUUCUUCGACUUUUUCAGGUGGAUUCUCCGGCUACAUGUUUCCUAACUACAAUCUUGCAUCCUCUUCUAUCGAGUCUUUGAGUUCUUUAAACCAAGAUUUGCACCAGAAGCUUCAGCAACAGAGACUCUCCACUUCCAUGUUUCAACAAGAUUCUACACCGGUUAUGUUUCAUAACGUUGAGCUACUUCCUCCUUCGACGGUAACAACGGAGUGGGGUUUUGAUAGAUCCGCCAUGGGAGGAGGAGCAACAAGUGGCAGUAAUGAAAACAAUGGUGAUCGUGAGAGUAAUUUGGGAAGUUGGUACUAUAAUCCUAGUAAUUCUAUGCCAUAA